CUGCUACAAACACCUGAAGAAGAAAGAAAGAAACAAAGACAGAGUCCGUCGCAAGGGGGAGAAGAAAAGAUGGUGGCGAUAUCGGCGGUGUACAAAGGGAACCUCCACAAGGUUCCCACCGACGUCCCUCGCAAAUGGCUCAUGCCUUCCCGCCAAAUCUCCCUUAAAGACUUCAAAACCCUUCUCCGACGUCGUUCCCGCGCCUCCCUCUCCCGCCUCCCCCAAUUGUCUCCGACCCCUAACCCUAACCCUGACCCUAAUUUCAGAAGUGCUGCUCAUGACAAUAAUAAUGAUAAUAAUAAUGACAGCGACAAUGAAAUGGUUAAUAAUAACGAUAAAAAUGCUUGCGCUGAGAUUAUUAUAGCUCAAACGAAGGAGGCGCCUAAUGAUAAAGAGGAGGAGGAGGACGACGACGAAGAUGAGAUCAGGGUUGAACAAGAAGGGUUAGUAGGUGAUCAAAUCGGAUCUGGCGCAUCUGAAACGCUAGUAUUAUCUGAUGAGGUUGCCCUGGAGAAAAAUGACCUGAAUGCUGCUGCUGCUGUGGAACAGGGGCAGCAGCAGCAUGAGGUCACAGAACAAGAGGACGAGAAGAAGAAUGAGCAGCAGCAGGAGGAGGUACCACUGCUGCUCAACCCUACCGCACCUCAGACAACCAGCAAAGAGGAUGAAGAAAGUGAUAAAUACAAAAGAAAGAAGGAGGUUGAGGAGAAACUAAAGAUUUUGAAAGAAAAAAAGCAUGGUCUGGUGCAGGUGCUAAAACAGAUCCAAAAUGCAGAAGAAGAACUUAAGAGGCGAAGCAGUGGACAGGGCAUGGCGGUUUGCCCAUCUGUUCCACUUCAAGUAGACAUUCCAACUGAUACCGGGUCAAUGACUAGGCUUAACACUCCUAGAGUUGGCUCAGAUGGAACCCUUGGCGGUGAGGUGGACGGAGGGGAAAAUGAUGGCAUGUUGAACCAUAAUCCCGAUGCUCGCCAUUUGCUUCGUAUGAGCAGCAGCUCCCCUUCCCCUUCUUCAGAUUCUCAACCCAAGAAGCCUGCUUAUAAUGUGGUUCCGAACCCUGCAAGAGCCAGUUUAGGGGUCUCCAGUCCAUCACGCUUUGCGCCAACCGGUCAGCAGGGACCGACUUCAAACUUGCCAACCGUUUCGGUAUCAGGGACCAAUUAUGUUGCCUCCUCUCCCUCUCCUGCUGCAUCGGGCGGAACGUCAGUUUUUAGAGAGAGUAGGGUCCCAAGUCCGUGGAAUUAGAAGCAAUAUUCUGUUAAACUGGAGAGGUAUCGACAGCAUGAAGACAUUAUUUAGAAUAUGCUGUCUUUAAUGUUCUUAGAGCUUGAGUAAGUUACUACGCCUUUGUCAGUGGCAUUUCUGGUAUCCGAGUAGUUUAAUUGAAGGUAUUGCAAUGACCCAGUUUUGGUUCAGAGAGAGGUUGAAAUGAAUGUUUGCACUAUUGUAUAGUUAAGGACUGCGUGUCCAUGUGUGUGCAUCAGAUAAUAAAUAAAAAGUUAACAGCUCUUUAAUAAAGGGUCAUGUAAUGUAAUCUGUCUUUGUGCUACGAAGCAUACAGCUUGAGUUGUCUGCUAAUUCCUUUUAGACUUUUUCUCUAAUCUGAAACCCAGAUGUGCCUAUGAGCUUUUAUUUA